UACCUCUUUGGCUAGACAAGUAGCUUGUUAAAGUUGAUAGUGUACAUCCUUUGUAACUCUGGCACUCUUCUCUGAAAUUCACUCACUCAUUCAGCAUGUGAAUGUUUGUUGAGGGCUUAAUAUAUGCCAGGCAUUUUAUGCUAGUCACUGAGUGGUCAGGAUCACUACUUUGGUGGUGCUUUACAACCUCAUGAGUUAUAACAGGAAGUUGAUAGUAUGAUUUUAAGACUCAUUCAUUAUGUCCAUAGACUAUAGAAGAAUCCAUACUUCUGGCUAAUAGAAGGUGUGAUAAACUGGUCUGUAUGUGCUUUAAAAGAAAAAUUUUUAUUUUUACCAAUACAGAUAAUAUGGGGCUCCAAAUGCAAUUCAAAGAAAAAAUACAAGGUAUUAUGACAGAAGAGAUAUUAGAAAACCUGAAGAAAGAUUUUGGACCAUUGUUUGACUUGGAAAAUGAUCUUCCCGAUGAGCUGAUCCCCAAUGGAGAAUUAGGCCUUUUAAACAGUGGGAACCUUGUUCCAGAUGCUGCUUCCAAACAUAAACAAUUGUCAGAGCUUCUGCGCGGAGGCAGCGGCUCUAGUAUCAACCCAGGAAUAGGAAAUGUGAGCGCCAGCAGCCCUGUGCAGCAAGGCCUCGGUGGCCAGGCUCAAGGGCAGCCGAACAAUGCGAAUAUGGCCAAUCUGGGUACCAUGGGCAAGAGUCCUCUGAACCAGGGAGAUUCUUCAGCCCCCAGCCUGCCAAAGCAGGCAGCCAGCACCUCUGGGCCCACUCCCCCUGCUUCCCAACCACUGAAUCCGCAAGCACAAAAGCAGGUGGGGCUGGUAACCAGCAGCCCUGCUACAUCGCAGACAGGACCUGGGAUCUGCAUGAAUGCUAACUUUAACCAGGCCCACCCAGGCCUCCUCAAUAGUAACUCUGGUCAUAGUUUAUUGAACCAGGCCCAGCAGGGGCAGGCGCAAGUCAUGAAUGGAUCUCUUGGGGCUGCUGGCAGAGGAAGGGGAGCUGGAAUACCGUACCCUGCUCCAGCCAUGCAGGGGGCCACAAGCAGUGUGCUGGCUGAGACGUUAACACAGGUUUCGCCACAAAUUCCCAGUCACGCGGGACUGAACACAGCACAGUCAGGAGGCAUGACCAAGAUGGGAAUGACUGGUAACACAAGUCCAUUUGGACAACCCUUUAGUCAAACUGGAGGGCAGCCAAUGGGAGCCCCUGGAGUGAACCCCCAGUUACCCAACAAACAGAAUGUGGUCACUAGUUUGCCUCCCUUCCCUGCAGACAUCAAGAAUGCUUCAGUCACCAAUGUGCCAAACAUGUCUCAGAUGCAAACAUCAGUGGGAAUUGUACCCACACAAGCAAUUGCAACGGGCCCCACUGCAGAUCCUGAAAAACGCAAACUGAUACAGCAGCAGCUGGUUCUACUGCUUCACGCUCAUAAAUGUCAGAGACGAGAACAAGCAAACGGAGAGGUUCGGGCCUGCUCUCUCCCACAUUGUCGAACUAUGAAAAAUGUUUUGAAUCACAUGACACACUGUCAGGCUGGGAAAGCCUGUCAAGUUGCCCAUUGUGCAUCUUCACGACAAAUCAUCUCUCAUUGGAAGAACUGCACACGACAUGACUGCCCUGUUUGCCUCCCUUUGAAAAAUGCCAGUGACAAGCGAAACCAACAAACUAUCCUGGGGUCUCCAGCUAGUGGAAUUCAGAACACAAUUGGUUCUGUUGGUACAGGCCAGCAGAAUGCUACUUCUUUAAGUAACCCAAAUCCUAUAGACCCCAGCUCCAUGCAGCGAGCAUAUGCUGCUCUUGGACUUCCCUACCUGAACCAGCCCCAGACGCAGCUGCAGCCUCAGGUUCCUGGCCAGCAACCAGCACAGCCUCAAACUCACCAGCAGAUGAGGACUCUCAACCCCCUAGGAAAUAACCCAAUGAACAUUCCAGCAGGAGGAAUAACAACAGAUCAGCAGCCACCGAACUUGAUUUCAGAAUCAGCUCUUCCAACUUCCCUUGGGGCCACAAACCCACUGAUGAAUGAUGGCUCAAACUCUGGAAACAUUGGAACCCUCAGCACUAUACCAACAGCAGCAGCACCUCCUUCCAGUACUGGUGUUAGGAAAGGCUGGCAUGAACAUGUCACCCAGGACCUGCGGAGCCAUCUAGUGCAUAAACUUGUCCAAGCCAUCUUCCCAACACCUGACCCUGCAGCCCUGAAGGAUCGCCGCAUGGAGAACCUAGUGGCCUAUGCUAAGAAAGUGGAAGGGGACAUGUAUGAAUCUGCCAACAGCCGGGAUGAAUACUAUCACUUAUUAGCUGAGAAAAUUUACAAGAUACAAAAAGAGCUAGAAGAAAAACGGAGGUCACGAUUACACAAACAAGGCAUCUUGGGUAACCAGCCAGCCUUACCAGCUCCUGGGACACAGCCCCCUGGGAUUCCCCAGUCACAACCAGUGAGACCUCCAAAUGGACCCAUGCCCCUGCCAGUGAAUCGCAUGCAGGUUUCUCAAGGGAUGAAUUCAUUUAACCCGAUGUCCUUGGGGAAUGUACAGUUGCCACCAGCUCCAAUGGGACCUCGCGCAGCAUCCCCCAUGAACCAUUCUGUCCCAAUGAACAGCAUGGGCUCCGUUCCAGGGAUGGCCAUUUCUCCUUCCCGAAUGCCUCAGCCUCCAAACAUGAUGAGUGCACAUGCAAACAACAUGAUGGCCCAGACGCCUGCGCAGAACCAGUUUCUGCCGCAGAACCAGUUCCCUUCAUCCAGUGGGACAAUGAGUGUGAACAGUGUAGGCUUGGGGCAACCAGCAGCCCAGACAGGCGUGUCACAGGGACAGGUUCCUGGUGCUGCUCUUCCUAACCCUCUGAACAUGCUUGGGUCCCAGCUGCCUUGCCCACCAGUGACACAGUCACCAUUGCACCAAACGCCACCUCCUGCUUCCACAGCUGCUGGCAUGCCAUCUCUCCAGCAUCCAACAGCACCUGUGAUGACUCCUCCCCAGCCAGCAGCUCCCACCCAGCCAUCAACUCCUGUGUCAUCUUCCGGUCAGACUCCUACCCCGACUCCUGGUUCAGUGCCCAGUGCUAGUCAAGCCCAGAGCACCCCUACAGUCCAGGCAGCAUCCCAGGUGACCCCACAGCCUCAGACCCCAGUUCAGCCUCCAUCUGUGGCCACCCCUCAGUCAUCGCAGCAACAGCCAACGCCUGUGCAUGCCCAGCCUCCUGGCACGCCGCUUUCCCAGGCAGCAGCCAGCAUUGAGAACAGGGUACCCACUCCAUCCUCAGUAACCAGUGCUGAAACCAACUCUCAGCAGCCAGGACCCGAAAUACCAAUGCUGGAAAUGAAGAGUGAGGUCAAGACUGAGGACACCGAGCCUGAUACCAGUGAAGCCAAGGGAGAGCCUGGGUCUACGAUGAUGGAGGAGGAUCUACAUGGAUCUUCUCAAGUUAAAGAAGAAUCAGACACAACAGAGCAGAAAUCAGAACCAAUGGAAGUGGAUGAAAAGAAGCCAGAAGUAAAAGUAGAAGCUAAAGAGGAAGAAGAGAGCAGUGCUAAUGGUGCGGCCUCCCAGUCAGCAUCUCCUUCGCAGCCACGCAAAAAAAUCUUUAAGCCGGAAGAAUUGCGGCAAGCCCUUAUGCCAACCCUAGAAGCGCUGUAUCGACAGGAUCCAGAGUCCUUACCUUUUCGCCAGCCUGUAGAUCCCCAGCUCCUAGGAAUUCCAGAUUAUUUUGACAUUGUGAAGAACCCUAUGGACCUUUCUACCAUCAAGCGAAAAUUGGACACAGGGCAGUACCAAGAACCCUGGCAGUACGUGGAUGAUGUCUGGCUGAUGUUCAACAAUGCCUGGCUCUAUAAUCGCAAGACAUCCCGGGUCUAUAAGUUUUGCAGUAAAUUGGCAGAGGUCUUUGAACAAGAAAUUGACCCUGUUAUGCAGUCUCUUGGAUAUUGCUGUGGACGCAAGUAUGAGUUUUCCCCACAGACUUUGUGCUGCUACGGGAAGCAGCUGUGUACAAUUCCUCGAGAUGCAGCCUACUACAGCUAUCAGAAUAGUUCACCCAAGUAUGGCCUUCUUGCUGACAGGUAUCAUUUUUGUGAGAAGUGUUUCACAGAGAUCCAGGGGGAGAAUGUUACCCUGGGUGACGACCCUUCACAACCCCAAACGACAAUUUCGAAGGAUCAGUUUGAAAAGAAGAAAAAUGAUACCUUAGAUCCUGAACCUUUUGUUGAUUGCAAGGAGUGUGGCCGGAAGAUGCAUCAGAUUUGUGUUUUACACUAUGAUAUCAUUUGGCCGUCAGGCUUUGUGUGUGACAACUGCUUAAAGAAAACUGGCAGGACUCGAAAAGAAAACAAAUUCAGUGCUAAGAGACUGCAGACCACACGGUUGGGAAACCACUUAGAAGACCGAGUCAACAAGUUUUUGCGGCGACAGAAUCAUCCUGAAGCCGGGGAAGUCUUUGUUCGAGUGGUGGCCAGCUCAGACAAGACUGUGGAGGUCAAGCCUGGGAUGAAAUCACGGUUUGUGGACUCUGGGGAAAUGUCUGAAUCUUUCCCAUAUCGAACCAAAGCUCUCUUUGCUUUUGAGGAAAUUGAUGGAGUGGAUGUAUGCUUCUUUGGGAUGCAUGUCCAAGAAUAUGGCUCUGAUUGCCCCCCUCCAAACACAAGGCGUGUAUAUAUAUCUUAUCUGGACAGUAUUCAUUUCUUCCGGCCCCGAUGCCUUCGGACUGCCGUUUACCAUGAGAUCCUUAUUGGAUAUUUAGAAUAUGUGAAGAAAUUGGGGUAUGUGACAGGACACAUCUGGGCCUGUCCCCCAAGUGAAGGAGACGACUACAUCUUCCAUUGCCACCCCCCUGAUCAAAAAAUCCCAAAACCGAAGCGCCUGCAAGAGUGGUACAAAAAGAUGCUGGACAAAGCUUUUGCAGAGCGGAUCAUCCAUGACUACAAGGACAUUUUCAAACAAGCAACUGAAGACAGGCUUACCAGUGCCAAGGAACUGCCCUAUUUUGAGGGUGACUUCUGGCCCAAUGUGUUGGAGGAGAGCAUUAAGGAGCUAGAACAAGAAGAAGAAGAGAGGAAGAAGGAAGAGAGCACUGCGGCCAGUGAAACCACAGAGGGCAGCCAGGGUGACAGCAAGAAUGCCAAGAAAAAGAACAACAAGAAAACCAACAAGAAUAAAAGCAGUAUCAGCCGGGCCAACAAGAAGAAACCCAGUAUGCCCAACGUGUCCAACGACUUGUCCCAGAAGCUCUAUGCCACCAUGGAGAAACACAAAGAGGUCUUCUUUGUGAUCCACCUCCAUGCUGGGCCUGUCAUCAAUACGCUGCCCCCUAUUGUUGACCCAGACCCCCUGCUCAGCUGCGACCUCAUGGAUGGGCGCGAUGCUUUCCUCACCCUUGCCAGGGAUAAGCACUGGGAGUUCUCCUCCCUAAGGCGGUCCAAGUGGUCCACGCUGUGCAUGCUAGUGGAGUUGCACACCCAGGGCCAGGACCGCUUUGUCUACACCUGCAAUGAGUGCAAACACCACGUGGAGACACGCUGGCAUUGCACCGUGUGCGAGGACUAUGACCUUUGCAUCAACUGCUACAACACAAAGAGCCACACCCACAAGAUGGUGAAGUGGGGGCUGGGCCUAGACGACGAGGGCGGCAGCCAGGGUGAGCCUCAGUCCAAGAGCCCCCAGGAGUCGCGGCGCCUGAGCAUCCAGCGCUGCAUCCAGUCCCUGGUGCACGCCUGCCAGUGCCGCAACGCCAACUGCUCGCUGCCGUCCUGCCAGAAGAUGAAGCGGGUUGUGCAGCACACCAAGGGCUGCAAGCGCAAGACCAAUGGAGGCUGCCCCGUGUGCAAGCAGCUCAUCGCCCUUUGCUGCUACCAUGCCAAACACUGCCAAGAAAACAAAUGCCCUGUGCCCUUCUGCCUCAACAUCAAACACAAGCUCCGCCAGCAGCAGAUCCAGCACCGUCUGCAGCAAGCACAGCUCAUGCGCAGGCGGAUGGCUACCAUGAACACCCGCAACGUGCCUCAACAGAGUCUGCCUUCCCCUACCUCAGCACCACCUGGGACCCCCACACAGCAGCCCAGCACACCCCAGACACCACAGCCCCCUACCCAGCCACAGCCCUCACCUGUGAGCAUGUCACCAGCCAGCUUCUCCAGCGUGGCCCGAACUCAGCCCCCCACCACAGUGUCCACUGGGAAGCCUACCAACCAGGUGCCAGCCCCACCACCCCCUGCCCAGCCCCCACCUGCAGCGGUGGAGGCAGCCCGCCAGAUUGAACGUGAGGCCCAGCAGCAGCAGCACCUGUACCGGGUGAACAUCAACAACGGCAUGCCCCCAGGGCGCACAGGCAUGGUGACCCCUGUGAGCCAGAUGGCCCCAGUGGGCUUAAAUGUGCCCCGACCCAACCAGGUCAGUGGGCCUGUCAUGCCCAACCUGCCCCCUGGGCAGUGGCAGCAGGCACCCAUCCCCCAGCAACAGCCGAUGCCUGGCAUGCCCAGGCCCGUGAUGUCUAUGCAGGCUCAGCCAACUGUGGCCGGACCACGGAUGCCCAAUGUGCAGCCACCUCGGAGCAUCUCACCUGGCGCCCUGCAGGACCUGCUGCGGACCCUGAAGUCUCCCAGCUCCCCGCAGCAGCAGCAGCAGGUGCUCAACAUCCUCAAGUCAAACCCUCAGCUGAUGGCAGCUUUCAUCAAACAGCGCACGGCCAAGUACGUGGCCAGUCAGCCCGGUCUGCAACCCCAGCCCAGCCUCCAGGCCCAGCCUGGCCUACAGCCCCAGCCUGGCCUACACCAGCAGCCCAGCCUGCAGAACCUGAAUGCCAUGCAAACCAGUGGGCCACGGCCUGGUGUGCCUCCACAGCAGCAAGCGAUGGGAGGCCUGAACCCCCAGGGCCAGGCCCUGAACAUCAUGAACCCAGGGCACAACCCUAGCAUGGCAAGCAUGAACCCGCAGUACAGAGAGAUGUUGCGAAGGCAGCUGCUGCAGCAACAGCAGCAGCAGCAACAACAGCAACAGCAACAACAGCAGGGCAGUGCCGGCAUGGCCGCAGGCAUGGCAGGACAUGGCCAGUUCCAGCAGCCUCAAGGACCUGGAGGCUAUCCCCCGGCCAUGCAGCAGCAGCGGAUGCAGCAGCACCUGCCCAUGCAGGGCAAUUCUAUGGGCCAGAUGGCAGCUCAGAUGGGACAGCUCGGCCAAAUGGGGCAGCCCGGGCUGGGCGCAGACAGCACCCCCAAUAUCCAGCAAGCCCUGCAGCAGCGGAUUCUGCAGCAGCAGCAGAUGAAGCAGCAGAUUGGGUCCCCAGGCCAGCCAAACCCCAUGAGCCCCCAGCAGCACAUGCUCUCAGGACAGCCACAGGCCUCGCACCUCCCUGGCCAGCAGAUGGCCACAUCCCUUAGUAGCCAGGUGCGAUCUCCGGCCCCUGUCCAGUCUCCUCGGCCCCAGUCCCAGCCUCCACAUUCCAGCCCAUCACCACGGAUACAGCCCCAGCCUUCACCACACCACGUCUCGCCCCAGACUGGUUCUCCCCACCCAGGACUUGCAGUCACCAUGGCCAGCUCCAUAGAUCAGGGACACUUGGGGAACCCCGAACAGAGUGCAAUGCUACCACAGCUGAAUACCCCCAACAGGAGUGCGUUGUCCAGUGAGCUGUCCCUGGUCGGCGACACCACAGGAGACACCCUAGAAAAAUUUGUGGAGGGUUUGUAGCAUUGUGAGAGCAUCAUUUUUUCCCCUUUCAUGUUCUUGGACCUUUUGUACUGAAAUCCAGGCAUCUAGGCUCUUUUUAUUCCUAGAUGGAACUGCUACUUCCAAGCCACGGAAGGGUAGAUUGCUGUUUAAAGAAACAAUACAAAGAAUAUAUUUUUUUGUUAAAAACCA